AUGUACGAAGAUGAGGAUGACGAGCAGCCGAUGGAGGACGACACCGAGAUGGAGGACGAGCCCAUCAGCCCGGAACAGUGGCAGGAAGCUUGCUGGGUCGUCAUUUCGGCGUACUUCGAUGAGAAGGGCCUUGUUCGGCAGCAGCUCGACUCCUUCGACGAGUUCAUCCAGAUGAACGUGCAGAAGAUUGUCGAAGACGCUCCGGCCGUCGAGUUGCAGACUGAGUCUCAGCACUUCUCAGGCGAUAUCGAGAAUCCGAAAAAGUUCUCACUAUCGUUCGACCAGAUCUACCUCUCCAAGCCAACGCAUUGGGAGAAGGACGGCGCUCCCACGCCGCUGAUGCCCAACGAGGCCCGGCUUCGUAAUCUGACGUAUGCUUCGCCGCUCUACGUGGACAUUACCAAGCGUAUCACCCAAGACGGAGUCACCACGGAGACGAAGAACGAAAAGGCGUUCUUGGGCAAGAUUCCGAUCAUGUUGAGGUCUUCCUAUUGCAUGCUGUCCAACAUGAGCGAUCGUGACCUUACCGAGCUGAACGAGUGCCCGCUGGACCCCGGUGGCUACUUUGUCAUCAACGGCUCCGAGAAGGUUCUCAUCGCGCAAGAGAAAAUGGCUGCCAAUACGGUGUACGUCUUUUCCGUCAAGGACUCGAAAUACGCGUUCAAGACCGAGUGCCGAUCCUGUCUGGAGAAUUCUAGCCGUCCGACCUCUACGCUUUGGGUGAACAUGCUGUCGAAGAGCAGUGGCGGGGCAAAGAAGAGCGCCAUGGGGCAGAAAAUCGCCGCCAUUUUGCCUUAUAUCAAACAGGAAAUCCCGGUGAUGAUCGUGUUCCGCGCGAUGGGCUUCGUCUCUGAUCGCGACAUUCUCGAGCACAUCAUCUACGACUUUGACGACCCCGAGAUGAUGGAAAUGGUCAAGCCGUCUUUGGAUGAAGCCUUCGUCAUCCAGGAACAAAGCGUCGCCCUCAAUUUCAUCGGUUCCCGCGGCGCCAAGCCCGGCGUCACCAAGGAGCAGCGAAUCAAGUAUGCGCGCGAGAUUCUCGUCAAGGAGCUGUUGCCGCACGUUGGAGUGGCCAAUCACUGCGAGACGAGAAAGGCGUACUUCAUCGGAUACAUGGUCCAUCGAUUGCUUUUGGCUGCGUUGGGACGACGUGAGCUCGAUGAUCGUGAUCACAUUGGCAACAAGCGCCUUGAUUUGGCGGGUCCGCUGCUCGCCUAUCUCUUCCGGGCACUGUUCAAGAACUUGCUAAAAGAAAUGCGCCUGACGGCUCAAAAGUAUAUCAACCGGAACGGCGAUUUCCCUAUUGACGUUUGCCUGAAGUUGUCGACGAUCACACGAGGUCUCUCCUAUUCACUGGCGACCGGCAAUUGGGGCGACCAGAAAAAGGCCCACCAGUCUCGCGCUGGUGUCUCACAGGUGUUGAAUCGUCUGACAUACACAGCAACGCUCUCCCACUUGCGGCGUGCCAAUUCGCCGAUUGGCCGUGAAGGGAAGCUCGCCAAGCCUCGUCAGCUUCACAAUACGCAGUGGGGAUUGGUAUGCCCCGCCGAAACUCCGGAAGGACAGGCCGUGGGACUGGUGAAGAAUCUGGCGCUGAUGGCCUACAUUUCUGUCGGCUCCUCGCCUGAGCCGAUUCUCGAAUUCUUGGAAGAGUGGUCGACGGAAAAUUUGGAAGAGGUUGCCCCGUCAGCCAUCAGCCAUUCUACGAAAAUCUUCGUCAACGGCGCCUGGGUCGGCAUUCAUCGUGAUCCGCAACAGUUGAUGGACACACUGCGCCGGCUUCGGCGUCAAAUGGACAUCAUCGUGUCCGAGGUCUCAAUGGUGCGGGACGUCCGCGAUCGCGAGAUCCGGAUCUACACUGAUGCUGGCCGUCUCUGCCGUCCGCUUCUGAUCGUCGAGAAUCGACAGAUGACGUUGAAGAAGGGCCAUAUCGACAAGUUGAAGGAGCGCGACACGGGCUCGCAAUACACAUGGUCGGAUUUGGUUGGCGGAGGCGUUGUCGAAUUGGUCGACGCGCAGGAAGAAGAAACUUCUAUGAUCGCCAUGUUGCCGGAAGAUCUGAAGGGGAGCUAUUGCGAGACUUACACCCACUGCGAGAUUCACCCAGCCAUGAUUCUCGGCGUGUGCGCUUCCAUUAUUCCGUUCCCCGAUCACAACCAAUCGCCCAGAAACACAUAUCAGAGUGCUAUGGGUAAACAAGCCAUGGGCGUCUUCACCACCAAUUUCCACGUACGGAUGGAUACGUUGGCGCACGUGCUCUACUACCCGCAGAAACCGCUGGUGACCACGAGAAGCAUGGAGUAUUUGCGAUUCAACGAAUUACCGGCCGGUAUUAAUGCUGUCGUCGCAAUCGCUUCUUAUUCUGGCUACAACCAAGAAGAUUCGGUCAUCAUGAACUCAUCAGGCAUCGAUCGUGGAUUGUUUAGAUCGGUCUUCUACCGCUCCUACCGUGACCAGGAGGCGAACAUCGACUCAGCCAACGCCCAGACCGAGUUGAUCGAGAAGCCGUCGCGUGAUAAGUGCUCGGGGAUGCGGCAUUCGCUGUACGACAAGUUGGACGAGGACGGCAUCAUCUCGCCGGGCAUGCGUGUUUCCGGUGACGAUGUCGUUAUCGGCAAGACUGUGCAACUACCGGAAACCGACGACGAUCUCGACGAUCAAGCCAAGAAAUACACGAAGCGAGACGCGUCCACGUUCCUGCGCUCGUCGGAGACCGGCAUUGUCGACCAGGUGAUGCUCACGCUCAACUCGGAAGGCAGCAAAUUCGUCAAAAUCCGUGUGCGCUCCGUGCGCUUCCCGCAGAUUGGUGACAAGUUUGCCUCGCGCCACGGGCAGAAGGGUACCAUGGGGAUCAUGUACCGACAGGAGGACAUGCCCUUCACGGCCGAGGGAAUCACCCCCGACAUCAUCAUCAAUCCGCACGCCGUGCCAUCCCGCAUGACAAUCGGUCACUUGAUCGAGUGCUUGCAGGGAAAGCUGUCGGCCAACAAGGGCGAAAUCGGUGACGCGACGCCGUUCAACGACAACGUCAACGUGAAGGGCAUCUCGACGCUGCUGUCCGAGUACGGCUACUACCUACGGGGCAACGAGAUCAUGUACAACGGCCACACGGGCAUCAAGUUGACGACGCAGAUCUUCCUUGGCCCCACGUACUAUCAGCGACUGAAGCACAUGGUCGACGACAAGAUCCACUCCCGGGCUCGGGGCCCCAUCCAGAUGAUGAACAGGCAGCCGAUGGAGGGUCGUGCCAGGGACGGCGGGCUGCGCUUCGGUGAAAUGGAGCGAGAUUGUCAAAUUUCCCACGGUUGCGCCCAAUUCCUGCGAGAGCGCCUGUUCGAGGUCUCUGACCCGUACCACGUCUACGUGUGCAACAACUGCGGCUUGUUCGUCAUCGCCAACAUGCGCGUUGGCAGCUUUGAGUGCAAGGCGUGCCGCAACAAGACGCAAGUCUCGACGAUCCGUAUCCCCUACGCCUGCAAGCUGCUCUUCCAGGAGCUGAUGAGCAUGGGCAUCGCCCCACGUCUGAUGGUCAACCCG